AACCGAGAAUCUGGUCACGUGGCGUUUAAUUUAGACUAAUGCAAUUGGGCCAUUACGAUUUAGCGUCACUGAACUCCCAUUAUGAAAUUGCACUUGGGUGUUUAUGGCUACGCAUUUCUCCUUCUCAAACAUACAAGUGGUUUCAGAGCGCUUUUGCCUGUCCCCUAACUGGUUUAUUGUAUUUUAUCUAAAGUCGCUAAACGCGUUUUAAUUGCUUGUCUAUUUUAUGUACCACUACUUUUAAGUUGUAUAUUGCCUCCCUUACAUGGUGAAUACGGAUUAUAAAUCAUUUUACACCAUUAUUCCUCUUACAAACUACCAUGGAUAUGUUUUCAAAUUGCGUCGUUUCACUUACGCUUCAUAAAACCUUUUCAACAUCGCGGAGAAGUCACGGAUAACGGUUUCCUUCCCUUUUCAAACGAGAGUAGUAUAUAAACACCAUUAAGCGUCGUUACGAGGCCUGAUUUGUGUGAAAUGGAUUUACCUCAACUUUAUGAUGGUGCAUGAGAGCCCCAUUAAGAUAUGAGAUAAAGUGCCAUUAUUGUCAUUUGAAGAGGUCCAUGGAAACACAAUACAUAUGGCCUCGAUUACUCUUGCAUUUAAUAAUAAAUACUGUGUAUUUUUCUGUUCUUAAAAUGUAACAUUUAACAUUUUCCGUGCAUUGGCACUGAUCAGUCCUCCACACAUUUGACUGUUUGGUGCGCACACAUAUCUAACUAAUUGAGUUGUGUUUCACUCACCAUGAUAAUUCGUUUACACCGAACAGCUCGUCUUUAUUUAUCCACGAGGCCUUUAGUUUAAUGAACCGAUAGCGGGUGUGCUUAAUGGCGAGUGAGCUUUGUUAGAGGGUAAGACGGACAAAAUGUCAAGGCUACAUGUGUACUGAUUGUCUGUGUCACUGGUUUCCAAAGUUCCUGCAUGGAAAAGAAUUUAGCUUGGCAUUUAUUAUCUACAUUUUAUAUGCUUCAACUCCGAGACAAUCACAACGCACACACAUCUUAUGCGAAAGAAAAACGAUAAAAGGAUAAGAGAAAAUAGUUAUAUAAGGAACAUAUAACUGAAUGGUUCUUCUGGAAUUACAAAUAAGUAAUUUAUUGGCAUUAGCAUCUUUAUUUUUAAUACACUAAUAACAAAGGUUCCUGAAACUAUCUUUUUUGAACUGUAUAAAGAACCUUAAAAAGCCACAGAAACCACCUGUUGCAGAAAAGGUUCUUUCUUGUAAAAAAUGGUUCUUCUGAAGUUCAAGGGUUCUUUGGUGAACCAAAAAUGGCAUCGCUGCACUCUUAAAAUUAGGUUCUUAAAAAGGUUCCUCAUGAUGCUGCAGAAGAACCUUUUUGGUUUCUCAAAGAACCAUUCAGUUAAAAGUUGAAGAACCCAUUGUUUCAUAUAUUUUAUAAUCUAUAAAGAUUAUCUUUAAACAAAAAGAUUAUUUGGAUGUUAAAAGUAUAAGGGACCAUUCAGCCAAUAAUGGUUCUUCAAUGUGAAGCACAUUUAUUUUUAUGAGUGUAUAGCACCUUUGUCAUAACAUCUGCUUUGCGACGUUUUUCAUGGUUUAGUAGGCCUAUUUAAUGAAAUAUUGUGCGUGGAGAGCACGGUCGUGGAUCCUCCGACUCACCUGUCUUUGUAUACAGACUAUAUCACAACUGCAGGUGUAGCACAUAUAGACGCAGGCAAACAGAACUUGUUUGCCAAGGGCAUUGAUUUGAGCGUGGUCAGAUCUGUUCAAUUAUUGUCAAACCGUGGGGCAGUGGAAAGGAAACACCAACAGAAUCUACUGCCAGUUGUCAGCUUUGUGUAAACAGUGAAACCAAUGGUGCAGCAGGGUCACAUGGUCACGGUGGCACACCUAUGAGGCCCUAGAUCGGCGCCAGACGCUCAGACUGCAGGUAGAGCAGAGGUCCUGAUCAGGGGCAGGGCGCUGGCUCAUGUGCUCUUGUACAGCACGGCUUUCCCGGUCGUUGGCAAUCAUGAAUCGGGAAGAGCAUUAUUACUCACCUAACCAUCUCUACAAGGACUCUUGUGCCUUUCAGAGACACCAUAACAACGAAGACUACAUCCAAAACCCUCCACCGUGUCUGUAUAUGAGCAGACAGACGCAACCUGUCUACGCCUCGCCAUCUCUGGGCGUACAGGACCAACCAAAUCUUACCGACAUUACCUCUUAUAGCAUGUCGACCCGGGAUGAUCUGGCAGUAUCUCAUCUACACCUGCCUCAGACUCCACAACCACCACUACAGACGGUCGGGGGUUAUGGAGACUCUCUUGACCUGUGUGGAGAUCGGAACAGAUACCAACUACCCUUCCCGUGGAUGAAGUCAACGAAAUCUCAUACGCACGCUUGGAAAGGACAGUGGGCAGGUCAUUACAUGGUAGAGGCCGAAGAGAACAAGCGCACACGGACAGCUUACACCAGAGCGCAGCUUCUUGAGCUCGAGAAAGAGUUUCUCUUCAACAAAUACAUCUCGCGCCCUCGACGCGUAGAGCUCGCGCUGACCCUCAGCCUCACCGAGAGACACAUCAAGAUCUGGUUUCAAAACCGACGCAUGAAAUGGAAAAAAGAGGAGGACAAGAGGAGAGCAAGAGGAGUGGAUCCCGAACAAGACUCCUCCAUCACGUCCGGGGAUUUAAAGGAUGAUUCGUGUGCGACCCCUGGAACUCUAGUCGGACCCACAUCACCUCUGCACCCCCAUGGGCCCCCAGCGUCAUGAGACUAUAAAUACACAUUGACUUUAAGAGACUUGUGACAUCAACACAAUGUUUUGGCUGCCUACCAUUUAAAUAGGCAGCAGGGGGCAAUCUCAGUUUAAGUUUGAGAUGCAUAGACUCGUGAGAGGUGAAUUUUCCACUGAUCAAUUUGUGGAAGGUGUUUAUCAAAUCACAGCACUUCAUUUAAAUAUUAAGUAACACUUUUGCAAUAGGGUUCCAUUUGGUUAACAUCAGUUAACACCUGAACUAACAAUUAAGAACACCACAGCAUUUAUUAUUUAUCUUAGUAUAUGUUCAUUUUAACAUUUACUAAUACAUAUUGAUAUACUAAACCACCAUGUCCUGAAUGAUUAAUAAAUGCUAGGCAAAUAUGUUGUUUAUUGGUAGUACUAAUGCAUAAUGAUAAUGGUAAUGGUAAUGAAUGAGACCUUAUUCAUUGACCCUGUACAGUGUGACCAAAUAAGAUUUUGAGAGAACACUGUUUUAAUGUAUUCAUGUUUUAAAAAAAAAAACAUUGUAUUUUAUUAAUUUUAUGCAUUUAGUUCGACAAAUGGGAAAAUGAAUCUCAGAAACAUUCUUCCAUUAACAUUCAUAAUAUUUAUGUUUUUAAUGAAUGAGUCGCAUUUGGGCAGCUUGGCGUAGGAUAUGUCAUUUUUUAUUGGUUACAAAUAAGGAUAAUAAACUAACCCAUCAAUAAAAGUCUUAUUGGUAAU